AUGCCAGUACUCAUCGGUAUCGACCUUGGACUCGCCUACUCCUCUAUCGCCGUCGCACGCGGUGGUGAGAUUCAAACUAUACCGGACGACCACGGUUGCCUAAGAAUUCCCACUAGUCAUCUGCUAAGCGGCCAAGGCCCUGAAACCACAGACGAUACUGGCGAUAGCCUCGCAGACAGUCCUGGUGUUCACGUAUACGACACCUCGAUCGCUGCUAGGUUAGAAUCUCUGGCGGAUGAGCGCAUCACAACCGCAGUACUCAAGAGACUGAAAGCUCUUGCCGAGGCGUUCCUUGCAGAGCGUGUUGAGGACGUAGUAAUCACUGUGCCUGCUUCCAACUGCGAUGUUCAGCGUGAGGCAACAAGGGCUGCCGGACGGGAUGCUGGAUGGAACGUCUUGCGGCUGCUGAAUGCGCCUACAGCGGCUGCCAUCGCUCAUUGGGUUGAUAGAGGAGAGGAAUAUGAUUACUCCCUGCAGGCCCUGGAUCCUCUGCUGGUCCUGGAUAUCGGCGCGAGCCACGCAGAUGCCACCCUUCUGGAAGUGUGUGACGGCCUAUUCGAAGUUAAGUCUUCGGCCGGCGACUCGAGGCUCGGUGGAAGACAAUACGAUGAACGGCUCUUCCAACACUUUGUCAGCCAGCUCCAGCCCAAGUCCCACAUGAACUGUACAUCAGCCGCGGAUGUCCUACGACAGAAAUGCGAGCAGGCCAAAAUAUCGCUCUCUAUAGCGGAGGAGGCUCAGCUGGAUGUCAAUGUCACCCUUAGAAGAUCUGAAUUCGAGAAUAUCUGCGACGGUCUUUUCCGCUCGACUUUAGGCCUCGUUCAAAAGGUGCUCCAGUAUACCAAGCUAGACAAGGCUGAUAUGAAGAUCGUACUUGUUGGAGGCUCAGCUAAGAUACCCAAACUGCGGCGAAUGAUCGCCGACCUCUUCGGCAGAUCUCCGGGUGAGCUCUUCUAUCCUGACCUGGCUUGCUUGCGGGGCGCCUCCUUGCACGCGGCCUCCCUGUCCGAUAAUUCCUUUCCGUACACCCUGCUGGUGUUGGACAUCGUCCCACAUCCAGUCCAGCUCGGAUUAGUCCCGGACUUUCUGAUCCAAGUGUUUCCUAGGAACACAGUAGUCCCCCGAGAAUCGACGAUCUGUGUUACUCUGGAUUCCUUUGAGCAUUUACCCCGCUAUACUCUAUUAUUCGCUGGCCCGCUCACCGAGGAUGGAUUAGUUGGCAAGUUCGACCUGUCAUGCCUAUGGUCGCGGUCUGUAUCGGGUAGAAGGCAGGAGAUUCGAGUCGAUGUCGCUAUUGAUGUGGAUGGCAUCCUUAUGGCUUCUUUGGUUGCCGUUGAUACAGAAACGGGCAUACGCAUACCCAUUCCACUCGAAAAGGGCAGGCCGAUGACCACAGGGUAA